CAGAGAGACAGAUUGAAAACAGACGCUCUCUCUCUCCCACUGUGAGUCAGUCUGUUGGUUUCCAUUCGCCGUCCGUCUGGAAUGAACUCAGACUGAAGGGAAGCAGAAGAAGAAGAAGAAGAAGAAGAAGAAGAGGAGGAGGAGAGGAGGAGAGGAAAAGCUACACAGACACAGAGAAAGACGAAGAAGGAGACGAAGAGGGACGAGAAGACGAACAGCAGCCUCAGAAGGUCCGACAUCAGACGGUGAUUGACAGCCGUCAGUCAUCUGAUCUGAACCAGUCAGGAGCCUUCAGGAACAUGCAGGUGUGACAGACAGCUGGCUGGCAGGUUCAGGAGAAGUUGGAGGCUGCCGUUGGCUGGAUGUGUUUGUGUUCGAGGUUCGUCAUCGGGACCAGACAUCACAGGCUCGUCGGCCAAUGAUGGCGUCCAUCAGAAGACGAACGGGAAGUCUGAAUGUGCUGCACUUCCUGCUGGGUGUGUUCCUGGUUCGUCCUGAAGGGGGCGUUUGUCUGGAGCUGAUGCCUUCAUCCUCUGAGGUUCUGCUCAGCUCAAACUCCAACUACACUGUGGUGUGCUCGGGGUGGAGUCAGGUGACAUGGCGGUUACCGCAGGACUCUUUGGUGGAUGGGGUUGUGGUGGAGGAUCAGGGAUCCAGCAGCAUCCUGCAGCUCUCUAACGCCACCUGGAGGAAUUCUGGGAGAUACACAUGUGAGGAGGCAUCGUCCUAUCAGACCAGAGACAUCGACAUCUUCAUACCUGGUCAAGGUCCGGAGGAAUGGUUUGUCUCACUGGGUCCAGGUGUUGUGAUGAAGGAGGCAGAGGAAGAUACCAUCCCCUGCGUGGUGUCCGACCCGCAGCUGAACGUCUCGCUGUACGAACGUCCGGGCAGGACGCCGGUUACUGGGACGACAUACGAGCCGGGGCGGGGCUUCACAGGUCGUCUGAAUGACACAUCGUACGUGUGCUUGGCCACCCGUGGUCACGAGGAGAGAGAGUCUCAGGUGUACUACGUCUUCAGCAUCGUAGUUCCUAAGGUGAUGGAGGUGGAUCUGACAGUGUCCAGCAGUGUGUUGAAGCAGGGGGAGGUUCUGACUGUAAACUGCACUGUCAAAGACACCGAGAUGGUCUUCUUCUCCUGGGACUUCCCCCGCAGACAGAAAUUUGAGCCUCUGACAGACUUUCUGCCCAAUCGGAUCCGCUCCUUCAUCAACAUCUCCACGGCAACGGUGGCAGAUUCUGGUGUGUAUGUGUGUGAGGUGCAGGAGACAACGCAGGAACAAACUGUGAAGAAAAACAUCACAGUGACAGUACUGGAUCGAGGUUACAUCUACCUGUGGCCUUCAAGUGAGACCAACAUGUCGUCUCUCCUGCAUCACACGGUGGAGUUCAGUGUGGAGGUCGAUGCCCACCCUGUCCCCACUGUCCUCUGGACUAAAGACAACCAGACCAUCUCCACUGAAACCACCUCUGUCACCACCACACACCUGACAGGAAGCAGGUACGUGAGCACACUGACUCUGGUUCGAGUCCAGAUGGAUCAAACAGGAAGUUACACAGCGACUGCUUCCAAUGAAGACGACGUUCAGGAGGUUGUCUUCAGCCUGGAGGUCCAAGCUCCACCCAGGAUCACAUCUCUGUCGGAGGUUGGCAGUAAGGCGGUGCUGUGUGUCAGCGAAGGAGCGCCGCCCCCAUCUGUCACCUGGUACACCUGUCACAGUUCACACAGGUGCAGUAAUUUGACUGGCGGCUGGGUGAGCCUAUCAGCAGCCUCUGAGGCUGUGCAGGAGAACAUCACGGAGGUGGAGGAGAGAGGAGUCACCCAGGUACGCAGUGUGUUGACUCUGCAGAGUCUCGUCUCUCUGUCAGCUGUUCGCUGUGAGGCCAAAAACUCAAUAGGACGACGAGCCAGAGACCUGCGAAUACUGUCCAACUCUCUCCUUUCUCAGGUUGCAGUGUUGGCAGCAGUUCUCGUUCUGGUAGUCAUCGCCGUCAUCUUCCUCAUCGUCCUCAUCCUCCUCUGGAGAAAAAAACCUCAGUAUGAAGUUCGAUGGAAGGUGAUCGAGUCGGUAAGUCCUGACGGACAGCAGUACACCUACCUCAACCCCGCCCACCUGCCCUACAACUCCACCUGGGAAGUACCACGAGAGAAUAUAGUACUCGGUCAGGUGCUGGGUUCAGGUGCUUUUGGUCGUGUCGUCGAGGCAACAGUCUCUGGUCUGCUUCAUUCUCAUUCUACAACUAAGGUGGCCAUCAAGAUGGUCAAAUCCAGCAGCGGUGCAGUUCAGUCUCUGAUGUCGGAGUUAAAGGUUUUGGUUCAUCUCGGUCCUCACCUGAACGUCGUCAACCUGCUGGGAGCCUGCACAAGAGGAGGUCCUGUCUAUCUGAUCACUGAGUUCUGUCGUCAUGGAGACCUGGUGACCUAUCUGGAGAGGAACAAACACACCUUCUUACACAGCGACACACACACCAAAAGUGACAGCGAUGGAGGCUACAUGGACAUGAAUAAGGAGGAGAGCGUCCAGUAUGUCGCCAUGAAGGAGCUCAGCUACGCCGACAUCGAACCUGCAGUGUACGAGACGCCGUACACGCCGCCAGACCAGCAGGAGGCGUCUCUCCUCCUCAGUGAUUCUCCUCUCCUGACUCUCCACGACCUCCUCAGCUUCUCCUUCCAGGUUGCUCAGGCCAUGAACUUCCUCUCCACCCGAAACUGUGUCCACAGGGACCUGGCAGCGAGGAACGUCCUGGUCUGUGAAGGGAAGCUGGUGAAGGUCUGUGACUUUGGUUUGGCCAGAGAUCUGACCAAGGAUCGGGACUACAUCGCCAGAGGAAACAGCUUCCUGCCAGUGAAGUGGAUGUCCCCAGAGAGUAUUUUCCAGAACAUUUACAGCUGUCAGAGUGACGUCUGGUCCUACGGAGUCUUACUGUGGGAGAUCUUCUCUCUGGGUGGGAGGCCAUACCCCGACCUCCCCAUGACCCAGGAGUUUUACUCUGCUCUGAAGAGAGGAUACAGGAUGAGUCGACCGGAACACGCUCCUCACAACAUUUUUGAUCUGAUGAAGCAGUGCUGGGAGGAAGAACCUCAGUCCAGACCUUCUUUCUCCUCACUGGUCGUCUCCGUGUCCGACAUGUUGCCUGAUGACUACAAAAAGUGUUACGUCCAGCUGAAUGAGAACUUCCUGAAAGGUGAAAAUCCAGCAGUUGUUCGAUCCAGACUGAGUCCAACCCAAGCUGUUGGAGAUCAGACUGAUGGACAGACAGACACAAAUGGAAGCCCUACGCCUCAGGUGAGCGUUCACCUCGUGGAGGCGGGGCCAGAGGAGGCGGGUCCCUCCCACGGCACAUACAUCAUCCCCAUCACUGACAUCACCAUAGAAACCAGUGGUGACGCUGCGCUGGACGCAGGCAGCCCUCAGCUCUCUGAUUCUCAGGAUGAAGCACAGGAAGUGACGUCAUCAGAGGACAGACAGGAAGCAGAGGAACGUCCUGAGGAGGAGAGCUGCCUGUGAAGGGUUCAGCUGCCUGCUGGGUCCUCCUGCCAGUCAGAGCGUAGGGCUGCAGCGCCCUCCAUUCCCUCCAGCAGGUCGUCUAUAAUCAGGGCUUAGUUUACCCACAACGUUGACUGUAAGGUUGCCAAAGGAAAUAUAUUUUUGUUUUAAAUAUUUUUUAGAUGUUUGUUUCAUUAUUCCUGUUGAAAUGGAACAGAACUAACAGAAGUAACUUUAUAAUACUGAGCUUUAUAUUCUUCAUAUACUCACAUUAUUCAGAAGUGUCUGUAUUAUAUCUGAAUUAUUAUCUGCUUUGUGUUUAUUCAAGCUGCUCGGAACCAGUCAGAACUGAAUCUCCUUAUCCAAAUAAAUUUCAGAAUAAAAUCAA